CACACAACAGGGCUGAGCUGCCUCUGGAUCUGGAUGCAGGCAUCCUUGGAUUCUGCCUUUUAGCACGGGCCCACUGCACGAGAACUUAACGGGACAACAAUGGUGCAAGCCUCGGCGGCUGAAUCUGUGGCUGCUGGUCGUUUAGGGGGCCGGGGAUUGUGGUCAAUGUGACAUUCACUUGCACGCUUGGUGUUGAGUUUAUUGUUCUGGUCCUAGACGCAGAGCAGCGAUUCUCUGAGAAGAUGUUGAGCCGAUUCAUGAGUGGCAGCAUCAGGAAUCUUGAGCGGGAAUACAGCUGCACCGUCAGACUGCUGGAUGAUACGGAAUAUACGUGCACCAUUCAGCGGGAUGCAAAGGGACAGUAUCUGUUUGACCUCAUCUGCCACCACCUCAACUUGCUGGAGAAAGACUAUUUUGGCAUCAGAUAUGUGGAUCCAGACAAGCAGCGGCAUUGGCUGGAGUUCUCAAAAUCAAUUGCAAAGCAAAUGAAAUCUCAGCCUCCAUUCACCAUGUGUCUGAGAGUCAAGUUCUACCCUCCUGAACCUGCUUCUCUAAAGGAGGAAAUCACUCGGUAUCUUGUCUUCCUGCAAAUCAAGAGAGACCUCUACCACGGGCGGCUCCUGUGCAAAACCUCCGAUGCGGCCAUGCUGGCUGCCCACAUCCUACAAGCUGAGAUUGGUAACUACGACCCCGGGAAGCAUCCUGAAGGUUACAGCUCCAAGUUCCAGUUCUUCCCGAAACAUUCGGAGAAGCUGGAGCGUCGGAUUGCAGACAUACACAAGACAGAGCUGAUUGGACAGACACCUGAAACAUCAGAGCGAAAUUUCCUGCAGAAAGCCCAGCUGCUGGAGACAUAUGGUGUUGAUCCGCAUCCAUGCAAGGAUGUGUCUGGGAACCCAGCUUUCCUCGCCUUCACGCCGUUUGGUUUCGUGGUGCUUCAGGGAAACAAGAGAGUUCAUUUUCUCAAAUGGAACGAGGUGACCAAACUGAAGUUUGAAGGCAAGACGUUCCACGUAUAUGCAAAUCAGAAGGAGAUCAUCUUGACGUACUUUGCACCCACACCGGAGGCAUGCAAGCACCUUUGGAAGUGUGGAGUGGAGAACCAAGCGUUCUACAAGCUUGAGAAGUCAAGUCAAGUUCGCACGGUGUCCAGCAGCAACCUGUUCUUCAAGGGCAGCCGUUUCCGUUACAGUGGACGAGUGGCAAAAGAGGUGAUGGAGCAGAGUGCCAAAAUCAAACGCGAACCUCCAGAAAUUCACAGGGCUGGCCUUGUGCCCAGCAGAAGUUGUCCAUCCAUCACCCACGGGCCUCGCCUCAGCAGUGUGCCGCGCACGCGUCGGAGAGCUGUGCACAUAUCUAUCAUGGAGGGUCUGGAGUCGUUGCGUGACAGUGCCCACUCUACACCGGUGCGUUCAGUGUCCCACGGGGAAUCCUUCAUGCCACGCUCCCGGAGCCAGGCCACAGACGCCAGUGAGGGGACUGCGGUGAUCUCGGACGAGGCCUACAGUCCGUCCGACAGCGUCCUGCCCACCCCGGUGGCCGAGCACAGCAUGGAGCUGGCUGUCUCACGCCAGAUAAACGGAGCGCCCUGCAGCAUCGAGGAGGAGAAGGAGUCGGAGGCGGGCACCCCCCGCGGGGAAGGGGGUGAUUUUGGUGCAGACGGUAGAUCUGCACAGGAGGGUGCUGGGGGGGACUCGGCCCUCAGCGAGGUGGAACAGGUGAAUAAAUUUGUCUUAAGUGUCCUCCGUUUGCUCCUUGUGACCAUUGGACUCCUCUUUGUCUUGCUCCUCCUCCUCAUCAUCCUCACCGAGUCAGACCUUGACAUUGCAUUUUUACGUGAUAUCCGCCAGACCCCCGAAUUUGAGCAGUUCCAUUACGAAUACUUUUGUCCCCUCAGGCGGUGGUUUGCCUGCAAGCUCCGCUGGGUGGGCGGGUUGCUCAUUAACAAGUGAGAGUGAGGUCGUAGAGUUCGUAAGCCCGUUCGGGGGUCUGAGAUGACGGUUAGGACUCCGGAGCGAUGGAGGGCAGCCUCGUCCCAACCAUGAACCCUGCUUCUCUCAUCAUCCUCCUGCAGACAUACAGCUUGGACCACUCCUGGUAACACCGGGCCAGGAUCUCUCCUCUCCUCCUCCACUUUGAGUUAACCCCCCCUACCCACCCAACCACCUCCUCGUUUCGCUUGAUUUCUUCUUCUAAUUUUUCUUUUUCUACAAAACCAGAGGACUUUUUUUUUCUUUUUUGCAUUUUUUUUUAAUUUCACCUCAUUUCAGGUAUUUUAUUUUUUCAAAUAACACAAAGGAAAAAAAAUUAAAACUGAAAUCAAAGGACUGAAGAAGUUUAAACCGUUCCUUUUAGAGAAACGGAGAUUUUGUUGCAACAGAUGAACGUUGCCUUCAUUUAUUAUUUAUUGCUUUUAAACAUGUAUUUGCAUCAGAAAGGGAGACGGGAUGAGCAGUAAUCGAGGAAGUUGAUUUGUCAUGAAAAUGAAGAUGGAAGUGAGUUACGUUAGAGUCGAUAGGCCUACUGCUGUGAAGUAUACCUGAGGCAUGGUAGUAUCAGAUGUUUUGAUAUUGGUUCAUCCCAUCAGACGUCAGCAGUUUGACCUCAGCAGGAAAAAACAGAACAAUCUGAGGGGAGCAACAGUGAAGGUUCAUGAAGCAGAGAGCAGACAGGGUGAUUACCAAAUGCCUUUUUGAGAAGAUGUUAAUUUAGAAUUUUGUGGAUUGUUUUAAGACACAAUUACACUUUAGUAUACGACGGUGUACAAAGUAACCUGACAGAGAACAAAGUUGUUUUUCUAACAUUUUAUAGGGAUACAGUCAAAUAAACCAAUAGUGUUGUGUGACCUAGUGUCAGAUGCGGUUAGAGAAAUACUCUUGGAGAGCAAAGAUCUGCUGGCACCAAUAGAUAAUAGUCUAGAUAGAUGUGCAAUGCUCAUAUGGUUUUAAUAAUUAAGUACUUUUGAAUGUCCCCAUCUGUUCAGUUGUUCUGUUAUUUCUCCAAUUAAUUUGCAUUUUUUUCAUCAAGUUGAAAUUCGAUGAAUUUCAAUAAUUUCUUUGUAUGAAGAGUUUGAUUUUUUUUCUUUGUUUCAUAUCGACCUUGCUCAUAGGUUAAUGUAUCAUACUAUAUUAUUAUUAUUAGAAUAAGAAUAAUGAUGUACUUUUUGUACAAAUUAGUUUGUUUCCUAAUAUAUAUUGACAGGUUUUCCAUGUAUAUUUUAACAGAACUGAAAUGUUAUUUUGUUAUUGAAGAUUAAAUUAUACCUUUUUUAGCGCUGUGUUUCAAGUAAGGUCAGAAGCAUUUAUGGAAAUGUGGAAGUGGGGACUUAAAAAAAAAAAAAAACAGUGUUUUUAUCCAGAUCCACUCGACACUGAUCACACCUCUCAUCACUCCACCAGCAGUCAGUCAGCCUUCAGUGUGUGCACAAUUUUAAUGGUAAUUUAAAACAUGCGUUUGUACAGAAUGAAAUCUGGAGAUAAUAUCACACCACCGCAAAUACCAAAUAAUCCAAAAAGCACAUUUUCACCUUUCAUAACUUUACCAUAUCUUCUUUUUUACUUGAAGAGUUUGGAGAGGUGACUGUGAGCCUGACCGAUACUCGACCCCAUGGCCUGUUCUCACAAUGAAAUUCAUUUUUGACAAGGAUGAAGGAAACAAGAGCUGAAACAAUUAGUUAAUUGAUAGAUAGAAAAUUAAUUGGCAGCUAUUUUGAUAUUUCAAGCAAAAAUAUUUUCUGGUUUCAGCUUUGUCAGUGUGAAAAUUCUCUCUGUUUUGCAUUACCGUAAAUUGUAAAUAUAUCCUUGGGUUUGGGAUUCUUGUGUCACCUUUGCCUCUGAGAAAUUACAAUGGCAAUUUUUUUUUUACCAUUUUCUGACAAUGCAUUGAUCAAACAAUGAAUUUGUUAAUUUGGAAAAUAAUUAACAAUGAACAUAAUUGUUAGAUGCAGCCCCAAACAAAAGAUUUUGUCACAAAUACAUUAAUAAUAGGACUGGAAACACGGCCUCUUUGGUGGAGGUAACAAUGGUGUCUGCUUGACAAACUUAAGUAUGUAAUGAUGACAUCUUCUGAGGCACCUCAUACACUUUUUCCCGAAUUAUGUACUUCAGUUAUAUCCCCUCCCUUAAUUUUCACAUCAGCCAAAAUGAAACCAGACACCAAGAUAUCAGCUGAUAUUGGCAAAUAUAUCUGCCCUUAGAUUUGUCGGUCAGGCUCUAGACUCUUCUGCCUCACAGCUCCAGGAAGCAAUAACUGCCACGACUGCUGGAUUCUGGGUAAAAUCUGUUUUUUGUAAUGCGUGUCUACCUCCUGCACCAAGUGCAGGUGUAAGUGUUACUGUGUCUGUAUGUAGGAAUUGAAACAUGAUUUGAGGUGGUGGAGGUGGAGGUGGAGGUUUAGAUAGAGAGAAGUCAAUUUUUCAUUUUUUGCAAAAGGCGAGAAGAACUUAGAGGAAGGAAAAGAGAAUGGAAAAAAGAGAGGAAGAGGUAGAGAAGACUGGGGGAUAUCAGAGGCCUUCGAGAGAGCUUCUUGGAAAGUGCGGUUUAAAGGAAUACUUCACCCCCAAAUGACCAUCUGUGUGUCAGUUACUGACCCUGUGUUAAGCUGAAUUUGCUGAACGAAGAAUCCAAAAACUGGGAAAAUUCUUGAUGAAUUAAAGAAAAAGGGGUCUGCGUUUAACAACAGCAACUCUAUAUCAAAACAUCUGUUUACAAACUCUCGCACAACUCGUGCAGUAUAAUUCAAGUGUCAUUUAUCCAGUCAAAUGCCCAGUACUUCCCAAACAGACAGCUCUUUAUUCUUUUGACUUGAACUUCUACUGAUUUUCUCAACAAACAGAAAAACAACAGGCUGUGUCCUUCCAAUUUGUUGCUAUCAGUCUUUUAGCUGUCAUGUUACAAUUUAUACGUUGUGUUUCGACCAGUUUUCUUCAAGUGUCAUUCAAAAGACAAAAAGGCUGGAUAAAAGUGAACAGUGUAGCCAAUAUUUUACCAGGGAUUGCGUAAACAUUUUCCCAGAAGGUUUUAAUCUUAGAACAAGUCCAUACCGUAUGAUAAAAAGUACCUUUAUCUUGUUUGCAGUGCCAACAAAGCCUUUUCUGUCAGGUAACUGAAUUGAUAGAAUUGAACUUAUCUAUGCUCUUCUCACAGCCAGACUCCAUUGACAAAGAGAGUCAUUUUACCUUACUGAACACAGGAGGUGCUGUUCUACUGCUGUUGAUAGGUAGGUUUUUGUGUUAUUGAAUCACUCUCACAAACAAACUAACUUGUAAAGGCAGCAAUACACUAGCGGCUUCGUGUUCAGCAAAGUAAAAUUCCUGUUUUUGUCAGUGGAGUCUGGCUUUGAAGAGAGCAUAGACUGAGUUUAAGUUUCCUGUCAGUAAGGGCUGUCUGUUUGGAAAGUGCAGAGCACAACACAGGAAAAAUGAGACUUUGAUUAUACUGGACACGUUUUGUAAGAGUUUGUAAAUGGAUGUUUUAAUAUUAUUAUUAUUAAUUUAUUAAGAAUUUUCUCCAUUUUUGGAUUCUUCGUUCACCGGAGGUGCAGUGACAAGCCCUAUACUUUAGCCACUACUGGUUGCUAAUUGGCUGAAUUGUUUGGGUGGAAAUUACUUGUUGGCAUGAACUUAAACACCAUGGCCUGCCUCAGCCAGUGACAUAAGCCACCUUGUGGUGUGGCGGGAUAAUACAUUUAACACAAAUUUUAACUUUACACUGGGUGAUAAAUUGAUAAACAGAUGGUCAUUUGUGGGGCUGAAGUAUUCCUCACCACUUUAAUUGCUGUACAGGGUUGCUAGUUUUUGGCCUGUUAUUUCAAACACCACACUCUCAUACCUGCAGCUGCUCCCACUGAGGGCCUGAUGGUGCUACCUUCUUUGUUUGCUCCUGUGUAUUUCGAGCGCGUCACUCCCUGGCUAACUUGUAGUCCUGACCACAGAGUAGCAUGCACUUUGGCGUUGUGGCUGGAUCCACUCCUGUAGCUCAUUAUCCUUCGCUAGUUAUCUGUGGUGGAAGGGGGCAGUGCUGACAUUUCCUUGCACCAUGCUAGAGGGAAUAUCAAAUCAUUAGAGCUACGUUGGCGAGAAACCUGUCAUACACACACACACACACACACACACACACACACACACACACACAGUGUAGGAGCUUAUUUAUGUCAAGUUAAUAAUCUGUAACUCGGAUACAUCCAGUAAAUAGUAAUGCAAAGACGAAGCACAUUUUUCCUAGCAGGGGGUGGAGCAGGGUGGGCGGGUUGACUUUUUUUGUGUACAUUCAUACUUCAUAUUUAUUACUUCUUUACUGACAUAAAGGUCGACAUGACCGAGCAGCCCAGCCAGGCUGAGUUGUUAGCAGGACAUCUUUUAAAGGUUGAAGGUGUUUCUCAUACAUGUAUCAGCAUUAUGUAGCGUCAGUGGUCUCUCUGAACAUGCAACAAUUAAAACACAAAAAUAAGGCAGCAUUAUUCAAGGAGCAAUAAUCAGCUGUAAGAGCAAAAAGAUUAACAAACUUAUGUAUGAGAAUCCAACGAUGAGUAAUGUCCUUUGUGUUUCUAAGAAAACCACUUACCAAAUUGCUGUUGUGCUGAUUCUAACGAUGACCACUGAGACACCUAGUUACUGUCGCAUUCAUUGAUAACAUUUUAUAAAAAUCAAUUUCUCCUUAGAGACCUCUUGUGUGGAUGUUUGUUCUGCUGUUUCUUUGCUGUUUCAUUGUUAAGUGACAGAUUGUUCCCUGUGCCUGGAUCCUAACUCUGCAGUUUACCAAAGUGACAAAGAUGAAGGAAUGGAGGGCGAAAAGACACAACAUCCAUAACAACUGUACUACGGACAACUCCGUCCUUAAAUCUCCCAGGCCGAGAGGGAAUAACAGUGUUCAUCUCUGUCUGAAACUGUUUGUAUAAUGUACACCGAAGUCUCUGUCUUAAUUUGUCUCGACAGGUUUCCUGUGACAAACCUUUUUAUUUGACAUUUCAGUUGCUGUGUCAUGUUUACAUAGUUUACACUUUGUUUUACUUCAUGGGAGAUGGCUGCAGUUUUGGCCAGACGUGUGAGUUUUCAUGAACGAGUGUGUUUGUCAUCCAUGGUUUACAAAUCAGAAACAGCUUGUCCGUCCCUGGAGAGCAGCACCGAAGGUACAGCCAAUGUGCACUGGAAGAUGAAGCAUAAUACUUGUGUUUGAAUUUAACAAUACGCAGGGGGUGGACUCAGUAACAGAAACACCCACAUGGUAACAACCAAGGCACAAACCCUACAUUUGUUGAAGUUAUGAUCCACUUUUAUUAAGGUGGUUUCAAACAGAUGUUCAGGGUCAUUUCUGAGGUUGUACUUUGUGGUGUUUUUGUACUGAACUGAACUCAGGGUUCUCACGUGUUCUCAAACAUCAAAUUCAAGGACUUUCCAGACCCAAUUCCCUCAAGUUUGAGGUCCCAGCACAGCAUAAUUUAGACAUGGAUCAAGACACAGUCAACAGUUAAAGGGUAACUUCUGUAUUUUUCAACCGGGACCCUAUUUUUUACAGGGUUUUGUGUCUAAUGACCAAUAGGAACAGCAAUUUUUGAUAUUGGUCCAGUAUUGAGAGAGAACACUGCAGCCAGCAGCAGCAAAACAGGCUGCAGUGUAAUCCCUGGGGGCAAUUGAACACUGACAAUUUAACUCCACUGAAAGUGCUUGUUUUUGUCACUGACAGGCUCAGAUUGUUACUUCAAGUGUUUGACAACAUUAUGGAAAGGACCCUACAGAGGUCGACCUCUUUGUUAAAGAGUAAGAUCCUUUUUGUUUCCCCAGAAACAGCCCCAAAGUCGCUAUCGCAAAAGCCGCCAGACUCCAUUUAAAUAAACAGUAAUUUUAUCACUGUGAAACACACUUAAUUAAAGGUCAAGAGGAGCAAAAUAAAACUCACAAAAACUGUCUUGGAUCAUUUUUUCACUGUUCCAACAACCACCAACUCUGGUUUAGUUGAAAUAAACCCUAAAUUCAUUCAGUUGGAUAUGAAAUUAUGCUGGCUCUAUAGAUGCUUAAAAUAACUGUUUUUUCAAUGCAGUCUGGUGGGUUUGGAGAUGAUGAUUUUGGGGCUGUUUAUGGUUAAAUAAAAGGAUCUUACUCUCUAAUAAAGAGGUCUGUUUCUGUGGGGAUCCUCUCCACACUCUUGUCAGAAACUAAGAAUAAAAAUCUGUGCCUGACAAUGGCAAAAAUAAACACUUUAAUCAGACGUAAACUGUCGAUGCUCAACCGACAACAGGGAUAACAUUGCAGCCUGUUUUCCUGCUUCUGGCUGCAGUGCUGUCUCUCAGUGCUGGACCAGUUUCAAAAAAUGUUGUUCCCACUUGUCAGUUAGACACAAAAACUUGGGAAAAUAAGGUCCAGUUUGUAAAAUACCUCAGUUAGAGAGAAGCUUAAAUGUGCUAAAUUGUGAUGUUACAAUUAUGGCAGACAGUAUCAAAAUAACUUAAAUUUCUGUUCUUCCACAAAAUAUAUAUAAAUUCAAGCACUUUUAAUGACCUGCCUAUUGUCAAAAAGCUUUCAAGGCCUUGAUUUUUUUCUCCUAAGGAUUUCAAGGACCAGUGGGAACCCUGUGACCUUUACUGUGAGGUGUUUUUCUUAUUUUGUCUACUCCCUGUGUUCUGUUACAUAUUUACAGCAAUCAUAUCUUAAUAAAAGUCUACAAACCAGUACAUGACUGAAAUAAUCAGGACUUAAGUUUCAAAGAUUGUCAUUGGCUGUCCCUUAAACAUGGUUUUUGUUAUUGAUGUGACUAAAAUAUAACAUAUCCAGUUUAAAUGUAAAAAUCUACACGAUUGGCGACCUAAAUUUCAUUCCUGGCCAAAGUCCCCGUCACAUUAACGUGGAUGAUGCAUGUGUAACUGAGGGUUUGACAUAUAUAAAGUCAUAACUGAAGACAUCUCGAUCUGCUUGUUUGCCCCUCUGUCAGCUCCCAGUGGCCAGACCCUCACAUGACCGCGCAUACACGCCAUAUACGAGUGUAUAUGCAUAUCCAUGUCUGGUGGUGUGUUAUGUAGUCUGCAUUGUUCUAUCCUGGGAUCGGAGAUUGCUGUUUGAUUACGUUAUAUAUACGAGUAUAAAUAUAUAUAUAAAUCCAUGUGCCAAAUCCAGUUCUUGUUCAGUCUGAUCCAUUCCGAACCCAUGUUUGUACUGUAGGUAACCUUCUGUACAAGUCGGUAUAAAAUAUUGUUUCUCUCCAAUAGUCCCUUGUAACUGGUGCCAUUAAAUAAAAACUAUUCAAACUUGAAAUAAACAUUGAUUAAAAAUG